CCUAGCGCAGAAGUUGGGUUGUUUUGGGACAGUGGAACUGUGGAAGCCGCCCAAAUUGGAGAAAAUAAGGAGAGGCUCCUUGUUCAAAGGAAGUGUGUGGGAUUACGAUGAAGACAACGCUGGCGGUGAUCUUUUCCUGUGUUUUGGUCUCAAGCCUGGCACUUGGUUCACAAUCACAAAGUGGAGAAAGGAGUUCCCAAUGGCAGAUUCUCACCAAAGCAAACUUCUCUUCUCAGAUCCGACUCCACCCUCACCUUCUCCUUCUCAUCACUGUUCCCUGGUCUGGUGAGGCUCAAUCCCUUAUGAAGGAAUUAGCUAAUGUAGUUACUGAGAAGCAAGAGAAACUUGGUGCCAUAAAACUGAUGCUUAUAUACAGAAAUAGUGAAAAGGUGCUGGCAGAUGCCCUUGGUGCUAUGGAGGAAAUAACAAUUCUAAACUACCACCAUUCUGUGCCUUAUAAGUAUCAAGGAAGACUUCGACCACAAAACAUAUUAUCUUCUGCUUAUUCUCUUAUGUCAUUUUUUCCUGAAGAACUUCCCCUCAAACCCCUAAAAACUCACGAGGAAUUGAAACUGUUUCUUGAAUCAACUGACAAAGCUUUACUUCUCCUGGAAUUUUGUGGAUGGACCCCCAGAUUGUUGGCAAAGGGGAAGAACAAUGGAACUGAAGAUGCCUUUGGUGAACAAGGGGUUCCAUUUGGAUUAGAUUUCAAGGGAGAGACAAAUAUAACACUUGAACCAAGAGGGAACGAAAACCAGAAGGGAAUGCAAAAUGAAAAGCUGAACUGUGGCAUUGAAAAUGGGUUUAAUGACAUUCCUUGGCUUGGAGAUUUCAGCAGAGUAAAUGACAGUGAUCCUUACCUGGAAACUGAGAAUAUAACACCUGGGGUUAAGUUGUCCUGUACCAUUGAAGAGUUUAAGCAGUUUGAUUUUUUUCUCUCGAAGUUCAUGACAGUUGCAGGAGAGUUCUUCCUGCCCUUAGAACGGCAAAGAUUUGGUUUAGUUUCUAAUAGAUCUCUGCUUUCAUCUCUGGAUAUUGGAGAUUCUGGUUCAUGGUUUGCAAUGGUUUACUUUGCUGGAUGUCCCUCUUGUUCAAAGAUUCUGAAGGAAGGGGAUGACCUCCGUAGUGUUUUACAGACGCAAAAUUCACUUGUUGCAGAGAUGGAAGAUGAUGGGCAUGAUACUGAGCCUACUUUACCUUCGAGUGAGCCAUCGGUUGUUCUUUUUGUGGAUAGAUCAUCCGAUUCAUCAAGAAUUAGACGAAAGAGUAAGGCAGCUCUGAAUGCUUUUAGAGAAUUAGCACUGGACUAUCAGAUAUCAUUUCAAAUGGGCGGACAAAGUGACAAUAAGCCUGAUAAACCCUCUCUCCAAGUUUAUCAUGCAUCAGGGAGUAAAUUUGGACAUCCUAAGUUAUCGGUAUCUCCAACAAGUCAAGAGAUGAAAGCAAAGGAUAAGAUAUCUGUCAUGGUUAUAAAUAAGGGUAAACGUUUGGAUAGCAUAACUUCAGAUUUACAAGGUAGUUCCUUGAAUGAGAUCUUGGGAUACUUGCUUCAGCAUAAGAAAAAGGCAAAAUUAAGCUCACUCGCGAAGGAGGUAGGAUUCCAACUUCUAUCUGAUGACUUUGAUGUCCAAAUAGCUGAUACAUCAACAUCACAGGCUGAACCUCAGUCUAGUCAAGUUUCACCAGAACUGUCUGUGGAAGGCCUUGUUGAAAAUAGUGCUGAUUUGGACAAGGAUCAGUCACUAUAUACUGCAGGCAUAUCUGCUGUGAACAUGGCUGAAGAAUCUAAACCUACUGUUGUUGAACCUUCUUCUGAGCAUGGCAAAGAGAGGACAACUCAUGUUGUUACAAGCACACAGUCACCAUCUAUAGAACCUGCCCAAUUUCUUGCAAGUCAUGAACUUACAAUAACUGAAGAUUUGAAGGUGGAAGAGAAAGGUUUUUCACAGUUAGACCAAUUAGGGAAACAACAGAAAUACUCUCAGGGUUUUAAAGGUUCCUUUUUCUUUUCUGAUGGUGGCUACAGGUUACUUAGAGCUCUAACUUCUGGUUCAAAGAUUCCAUCAGCAGUAAUAAUUGAUCCUAUUUUACAGCAGCAUUAUGUUUUUCCAGAAAAUACAGUGUUUAGUUAUUCUUCACUGGCUACUUUUCUUGAUGGUUUUUGUAAUGGAAGCCUUCUUCCAUAUCAACACUCUGAUUCUGUUGUUCUAAGCCCUAGGGAGGCCCCACGUCCACCAUUUGUUAAUCUGGAUUUUCAUGAGGUGGAUUUUAUCCCUCGAGUUACAACCCAUACGUUCUCGGAGCUGGUUCUUGGUUUUAACAAAUCUAGCAGUCAAUAUGGUGGCCAUGCUUGGAAGAAAGAUGUGUUGGUCCUUUUCACCAACAAUUGGUGUGGAUUUUGCCUGAGAAUGGAACUGGUUGUUCGUGAAAUAUACCAGGCAAUAAAGGGCUACAUGAACAUGUUGAAGAGUGGAUCUGAGAAUGGACAAUCGAUAUUUAGCAGCAAUAACUCAAAGGAUGCUACUUUGAAGCUCCCACUGAUUUACCUGAUGGAUUGCACAUUGAAUGAAUGUAGUUUGAUUCUAAAAUCAAAUGAUCAGAGAGAAAUAUAUCCGGCUCUGGUUUUAUUUCCUGCUGAAACAAAGAAUGCUCUAUCGUAUGAAGGGGAUAUGGCUGUAACUGAUGUUAUCAAGUUUAUAGCUGGUCAUGGAAGUAAUUCUCAUCAUCUCAUGGGAGAUAAUGGAACGGACUCCCAGUUGAUUGAGCAGUUACAACAGCACCUCAAGGCUUCCUUUCAUAUGAAAGAUCUUGGCCAUCUACAGUAUUUCCUCGGCCUUAAGGUUCAAACCACACUAGAAGGUACAUAUCUGCAUCAGCACAAGUAUACACAGGAGGUGAUUACUUUGGCUGGUCUUCAGGACGAAAAUUUGGUUCUUACACCUUUGGAGGUGAAUUUGAAAUUGCAACAAGAGGAAGGGGAACUUCUUUCUGAUCCCUCAUUCUACCAGCAAUUGGUUGGGAGCUUAAACUAUUUAACGAUUACAAGACCUGAUAUUUCCUUUGCUGUCCAGUAGGUUAGUCAGUUUAUGCAAGCACCUCGCCACCUUCAUCUUCUUGUUGUUCGACGUAUCAUUCGCUAUCUCAAGGGGACUUCUGGAUGUGGAUUGUUCUUUCCAGUUGGUUCUUCUCUUCUGCUGGCCGGUUAUAGUGAUGCUGAUUGGGCAGGUUGUGCAGACACUCGUCAUUCUGUCACAGGGUGGUGCAUGUUUCUUGGAAAUGCUCUUAUCUCUUGGAAGAGUAAGAAGCAGGCUCGCAUUUCAAAAUCUUCUACAAAGUCUGAGUAUUGUGCUAUGUCCUGUGCUUGCUUUGAGAUUGUAUGGCUUCGUGGGUUGUUAGCUGAACUUGGUUUUCCUCAGCUCCAGCCUACUCCGCUUCAUGCUGACAACACGAGUGCUAUUCAGAUUGCUGCUAACCCCGUCUUUCAUGAGCAGACCAAGUAUGUUGAGGUGGAUUGUCAUUCCAUACAUGAAGCUUUUGAUGGGGGUGUGAUUAAUCUUCCUCAUAUUUCCACCGUUCUUCAGACUGCUGAUGUGUUCACGAAGGCUCUUACUCAGCACCGUCGUCAAUACAUGAUUGACAACUUGAUGCUUUUUUAUCCGCCCGCAUCAAUUUGAGGGGUGAUGUUAAUAGGAUGUGCGGCAACUUAUUAGUUAGGUUUGCCGCAGCUUGAGCCCAAGCCCAUUGAGGCUUGUGGUAGGUCUUUAAGCCCUAUUUUUCUCUAUAUGCGGUAGGUCUUUAUUAUCUUUAUUUUGUAUAGUUGGGUUUUCCAUAUAGGAGUAGUAUGUACAGCUAAGGGAUUGGAAGAAAAUCUCUAUUGUAAUUAGCGGAAACGUUAUGAAAUCUUGUUGUAUAGUUCCUAUAUAUACGAAAGGUCUAAAGACAUGAGGGUCAUUCAGACAAAUUGACAUA